AUUAGCUCGGGUAACAUGGCUGACCAACAUGAGAUUCUGCAGAAGAUUUUGUCAAAAUUCCCGUCUGGAGUUUCUUUGGCUUUUGCUUACGGUUCUGGAGUAUUCACUCAGAAAGGGAAUACCUCUCCAAGUAAUAUGUUAGACUUUGUAUUUGUUGUUGAAAAUGUGCGUAAAUGGCACGAAGACAACAUGUACAUGAGAUAUCAUCCACAUCACUAUUCAUUCGUUCGGUCGUUUGGUUCACGUGCCAUAGUUUCGUUACAAGAUAAGUUCGGCGCAGGUCUGUACUAUAAUACUCUGGUACCAAUGGAGGGAAGAAUGAUAAAGUAUGGAACAAUAAGCCGCGAUAACUUUUUUCUGGACCUAAACGAGUGGCAGUGGUUGUAUUUGGCAGGACGCUUGCAUAAACCAGUUCGUUUUGUAUUUCGACCUCAUGACGAAGAUAUUUCAUCAGCUUUGAAAGCAAAUUUAAAUAGUGCUGUCACCGCAGCGCUCCUUUGUCUUCCAGAGCACUUUACAGAGGAAGAAUUAUUCCUAAGUAUUGCAGGUUUGUCUUUCAGUGGGGACUUCAGAAUGGUUGUUGGAGAAGACAGGAGUAAAAUACAGAACAUUGUUGGUUCAAAUUUAGAACAUUUUCAAGAACUUUAUCGACCAAUCUUAUCUAACUGUAGUCAACUUCAUUUCAAUUCUACAUCCUGCAAAUAUCACCAGAAUCAAGAUUGCGAUGUAGUACUUUCUCGACUUAUGUCUUUACCCAAAAAUUUACAGAAACACAUAGCGCAAGCUGUCGAAGGGAAAAGUUUCAAACAGUCAUCAAUUGAAAAUGUGUUAAUCAAGGUCUCACAAGAAAGACUCAACUGCCCACGGACGGUCAAAAAAGGGUUGACUUCCAUUGUCAAAAGAUCAAGCGUUACACAAAGUCUAAAAGGAAUCCUAACUGCUGGGGGUCGGAAGACAUUGAUUUACAGCGCACAAAAGCUUACGAAGAUGCUUAAAGGAUUUUGGCUAAAAUGAAAUUUGAUAUUUUCACAGACCACUGCUGAUUCUUUCUUAAAAGCUACCGGUAGUUUAAGAAAAAAAAUUUUUCAUUUUUAGUCUUCGUCUCGUGCAGAACAAGAGUUAAUCUUCUUUGACUUACAGGGACAACAACCUCUCCCGGAGAUUCAGUCUCCGAGGUCUUUACAUGGCAUAGGUCACGGUAUCUCGAUAAUUUUGUGCAAUUUUGGUCCUUUUUUACACUAAAUGAGGGGAAAUUUAAAGAGGAACAACUGUUUUCCAGAAACAUGGUACUCUUGAGUUCUGAGCAUUAAGAAUGACCGUUUUACUCAUAUUGUGAGGACAAACUUGAAAUAUCACAAUCUUUAAUACGACGACUUUUUCCAACAAUCUGCAUAACCCUUUCCAAUUCUCCCCAACCCUCAUUUCCUCUGGGCUGCCAAGUUUCCGUGUUUGUUUUCAACGGUUUUAAUGAUGUAACCGUAAAGCCCUUAACUUCCAACGGUACCUUCUAUUUGUCAGGUUUCACUUCAGUAGUUACUGCGAAAAUAGGAAUUACUUAUGUCAGAAAUAAAA